AUGUCGACCCUUGAGGACCUCGACGACCUCGAGCGCGAGACCAGAGACAAGAAGCAAGAUCAGGGCGAUGGCGACGGCAAGAAGGCCAGCGAUGACGAUGCCGAGAUGCAAGAUGCUGAAAAGAAGGAGGAUGAGGAGGAGCUGCUAGAUGACGAGAUUCUGCACUCAAGCACGGCGGAUAUUGUCAAGAGGCGGCGGAUGCUGGAGAACGAGAUGCGCAUCAUGAAGAGCGAGUUCCAGCGGUUGACACACGAGCAAAGCACAAUGCGGGAGAAAGUCAAGGACAAUCAAGAAAAGAUCGAAAACAACAGACAACUACCAUACCUUGUUGGCAACGUGGUCGAGCUGCUGGACCUCGAUGUAGAGGCCGAGGCCGCGGAGGAAGGGGCCAACAUCGACUUGGACGCCACCCGCGUUGGCAAAUCCGCCGUCAUCAAGACCUCGACCCGGCAGACUAUCUUCCUUCCGCUCAUCGGUCUGGUCGAUCACGAGACGUUGAAGCCCGGUGACCUCAUCGGUGUCAAUAAGGACUCAUACCUCAUCCUCGACACACUACCAGCCGAGUAUGACAACCGCGUCAAGGCGAUGGAGGUCGAUGAGAAGCCGACGGAGAAGUACACGGAUAUCGGUGGAUUGGACAAGCAGAUUGAGGAGAUCGUCGAGGCUAUUGUAUGGCCGAUGAAGGAGGCGGAGCGCUUCAAGAAGAUUGGCAUUAAGGCACCGAAGGGUGCUUUGAUGUAUGGCCCUCCUGGAACCGGCAAAACUCUCCUUGCACGAGCCUGUGCCGCCGAGACAAACGCCACCUUCCUCAAGCUCGCCGGUCCACAACUGGUGCAGAUGUUCAUUGGUGACGGUGCCAAGCUCGUCCGCGACUGCUUCGCCCUCGCUAAGGAGAAGGCUCCCUCAAUUAUCUUCAUCGAUGAGCUGGACGCCGUCGGCACAAAGCGUUUCGACUCCGAGAAGUCCGGUGACCGUGAGGUGCAGCGUACCAUGCUGGAGCUUCUGAACCAGCUGGACGGCUUCGCGUCUGACGACCGCAUCAAGGUCCUGGCUGCGACCAACCGCGUGGAUGUUCUGGAUCCUGCCCUGCUCCGUUCCGGCCGGCUGGACCGUAAGAUCGAGUUCCCGCUGCCGAACGAGGAGGCCCGCGCCAAUAUCCUGCAGAUCCACUCGCGCAAGAUGUCUGUCGAAGAUAGCGUCAAUUGGGCCGAGUUGGCGCGCAGUACCGAUGAGUUCGGUGGUGCCCAGCUUAAAGCCGUGUGCGUGGAGGCUGGCAUGAUUGCGCUGCGGAAGGGCAUGAGCAAGGUGGGACACGAGAACUAUGUCGAUGCCAUCGCUGAGGUCCAAGCCAAGAAGAAGGAUACGAACAUGGGAAUUUACGUCUAG